AUGGGUUAUUGUUACGCAAUUCGGCUGUGUUUUUGCAUCUUCUUUGCACUUUCGAUUGUUUCUUCGGCUCGAGUCACUUUGUCAUUUUCAGAAAAUGAAAAGAUGGUGGUGAUCAGAAGUGGUAGAUCAUUGAUGGUGAGCACCAACGACUACGACGAGCCAUCGGCCAACGCCAGACACAACCCACCGGGGAGACGUGGAGGUGGUCACAGAGGUUGA